AUCAAGUUCCCGACAAGGAUGCAACGCACUCCCCGUGCGGUGUCGUCGUCGGCCAAUACGCCUGGAAGACCACUUCGCAGAGCCGAUUCCAUGAGUCCAACCCAUCGCAAUUCAAUCCCGCAUGCAUCGGUAUCUCCGAUGGGGUCCCAGACCGCGCGAUGGGACAGCGACCAACGACGGACGCAGGAGGCCGGCAUGAGUUUACUCGGGCUAGCAUUUGAUGGAAGUACCUCCCAUCAUGCAAGCCCGUCUGCGCACAGUCCAUCAUCAUCAUAUGGAAGCUCGCCUAUGCAGCAGCAUCAAGGGUACGCACAUGCCGUGAUGCAAUUCGACGAGCUGUCCCUGGGCGGCGUCGAUCCCGAUAUAUUCAUGGAAGGGGUGAUGGAGCAUUCCAAGUACCUCGGCAUGGAUCCCGAGCGAGACCAAGACCUUUUGUGGAUUGCGCGGAAGUCGUUGGUCGCCGACAUACCUCCGGGAUGGCACCAGGUCAUGACACAGGAAGGCGUGCCAUACUACUACAACGACGAAUCAGGUGACAGUCGGUGGGAGCAUCCAUCGGAUCAAGACUACAAGGCCAUGUAUCGAGAAGCCACGCGAAUGAAAGCGGCGGGGGAACCCAUCGACGCCGUUCGUCUCACGCGGCUAUUCACGCAGCACCACCAGUACCACCAACCCAACACCAGCCAUCUUGCCAUCACCAGUCAUCCCCACGGUGCUGCCAAUCAUGGGCAGUACAGUUCUGAUGCGUGGGCGGAAUCUCCGCAACUCCAUCCAGCAUCGCCACCCAGCCAUCAUCAAGCGGUAGCAUCUGGGUUCGAUGGAGACUGGAGUGAGUAUGCAGAAGAAGUGCGUGAAGCCACGGGGGAGGGCAUCGCGUACAGUCCUCGCGAUGACGAUGAAAGCGAUGACGAUGGCGGCGGUGACGACACUGUGGUGACCAAGCAUGGCCAUACUUCAGCAGCUGCGGACUCGCAGGGACCAACAGACGCGACUGGCCACGUUGGCGCGGCGAUGGUUCCACUGCGCCUAGAUGACCAUCGGGCGCUGGUCGAGUCUUUGUAUGCCGAGCUCAACGAGUGCAAAAAGAAGCUCGAGCUGCAGCGGGAACAUCAGGACGUUGUGGACGCCUUACAGCGGACAGUGCACGACAUUGCAGGGCAGCUGGAGGCGCAACUUCGUGAAACCUUAACGGCCCACGAGGCGACCAAAGCCGCCCAAAACGAACUCGCGACGGCGACUCGAGAUAAACACACGAAUGCAGAGAAAGUUGCCGAAUUGGAGGAAACACUCAAGCAAGUUCGCCAGCAACUGGUGAUGGCAAACGGAGAAGUCGAAUGCAGCAAGGCCAAAGAGGCCCAGGACAACUUGACGUUGCGCCAAGAAGUGAAAACGUUGACGAUGCGACUGCAGGACGCCGAGAAGAGUACGGCCGCGGACGACGUGCAGAAACAAUUGACCAAAGAGAAGAAGCUCCGGUUUCAGUGGGAGCAAAAAUUCAAAGUGCUGGAAGAACAGCACCAAGCGUUGAUGACUCAAGUGGACGCAGCCAGUCGCCAGUACGAAAUAGACCGACAGGCGGCCAAGGGGAAUAUCGAGGCAUUGAGUAUGCAGCACGCCGACCAACUCAACCAACUCCAAAGCGAGCACGACAAACUCAAAAUCGCCUGGGUCGAGAGCGAGAACGCGCUGCGCGCCCAAGUGCGCGUACUUGAAGCCGACAAGCUGGCGCGAACAGCCUCAUUAACUGACAUCACCAUGCAAUUGGAAGCAGCCUCGCACGAGGCGGCGCAGUGUCGCAGUCGGGUCAACCAGCUAGAAACCGCCGACGCCGCCCAUCUCGAGCGCAUCUCUGUGUUAGAACGCAACCUCGUCACAGCCCAACAAGAUGCGCAAGCCAAGUUGGAGCAGGCCACACAAGCAGCUGUUGCCGCUGCCACGGCUAACAUGCAAGGAUUGGUGUGUGCGGCCGUGGCAGAGAAAGACCAGCUGGCGCAAUUGUAUGCGGCGGAAACCAAGGCGCGGCGGCACCUGCACAACAAAGUUAUGGAAUUGGGCGGCAACAUCCGCGUGUUCUGCCGGGUCCGCCCGACGUCCGACGUGGAGCGCGCCAGUGCCGAGUCGGCGGAGGUCGUGACGUUCCGACGGGAGGACCCGCAAGUGCUGGAGCUGACUCUGGCAGAAGGCCCCAAGCACACAUUUGAGUUUGACUAUGUGUUUCAACCCACAAGCGCCCAACUCGACGUGUUUGAACAAACCAAAGCGUUGGUCGUGAGCGCCUUGGACGGAUUCAACGUGUGCAUUUUUGCCUAUGGCCAGACUGGAUCUGGCAAGACGCACACGAUGGAAGGGCCGUCGGACGACCGCGGCGUCAACUUCCGCGCGAUGGCGGAACUCUUCCGCGUGCGGGAUGAGCGCAUGUUGUGUGGCAACUUUGACUGCGACAUGAAGCUGAGCAUCCUCGAAGUGUACAACGAAACGAUCGUAGACUUGUUGGACGACACACAACCACCCAAUGGAAGCACCUGUUCUGGGGACCGCAAGGCACUGGAAGUUCGCAUGAGCAAGCAAGGUGCGUUCGUGGACAACUUGAUGGAGGUGGAAGUGCACUCGACGGCCGACGUGGCCGACCUCAUGGCACUUGGGCACUCGCACCGCAGCGUCGGCGCGCACGACGUCAACGAGCACAGCAGUCGGUCGCAUCUGGUGCUGUCCAUCACCAUCACCACGUCGCAGAAAUCAGAUCCUUCCAAGAAAACCACGUCCAAGCUGCACUUGAUCGACCUUGCCGGCUCGGAGCGCAUCAGUAAAACGGCUGCAAGUGGCCAACGUCUCAAGGAAGCGCAGCACAUCAACCGGUCCUUGUCUGCGCUGGGGGACGUCAUCUCGUCCCUGGGUGGCCAUAGCAAGCACGUUCCUUACCGAAAUUCCAAGCUCACGUUUUUGCUACAAGAGUCGCUCAGUGGCAAUUCCAAGGUGUUGAUGUUUGUCAACGUGAGUCCGGUGCAGUGGAACGCGAGUGAGUCGUUGUGCUCACUCAACUUUGCCCAACGUUGUCGCAAUGUUGCGCUCGGCCAGCUCAAAUCGCCGCCGCCGUCGACUUCGACGACGCUGCCACCCUCGGCCAGCGUCCCGAAGCCAGCGACCAAAGCCCCCAAGCAAAGCGGCGCGCUGUCCGCCACCGAAAAAGCCCGCGUGAGCUGUUCGACUGGGCCCAAGAGCCCCAGAAAAGACAUGACUUAGCACCUUCUAUAGAAUAUGAAUUGCUUUAGAUUGGCAAACCUUAUCGACGUAACAGGUUGUAUAAGGUUAUGGAGGUAUUGUUUUC